UUUCAUUCAUGAAAAUUUAUAUAGUGUACGGCGAUGAAUUUGGGGGCGUAACUUUUAUUUUAGCGCAUUUUAUUUGAUCACAGAACAAAUUAUGCAGCUUCUAUUUAAUUUGUAAUUUAAGUACAUAUAUCAAUAUGGCUCAGUCUAAUUUCAGUGCAAUUGAUGAAUAUGGUUUUGAACGACACGAAGAUUUUGAUUAUGCAAGCUAUGAAGAUUUUAUGUCUGUAUACCUAAAGGUAUUGGCGUCGAGAGCGCAAAAAUGGUCCAUAUUGCUUGGCGAAGGAAAGUCGGUCAAACGCACGAACACAGUUAAAAGAUACGUGCGUAAAGGGAUUCCGAGUGAGCAUCGUCCAUCAGUAUGGAUGGCAAUCUCAGAAGCUGAUAAAAUGAGGGAGCAGUCUCCAGACCUGUACCACAAGAUAUUGGAUCAGCCAUUUGAAAAGGAACUCGUAGAUCUUGUGAAAACUGACUUACCUCGGACAUUUCCUGAUAAUAUUUACUUUACAAAAGAAGCCAACCAUCAGACACAUUUGUUUCAUGUACUGAUUGCUUAUGCCCAUAACAAUAGAGUUGUUGGAUACUGCCAAGGAUUGAACUAUAUAGCUGGUCUAUUAUUAUUGGCAACAAAAAGUGAAGAAACCUCAUUCUGGCUUCUAAAAGUGCUGGUGGAAAAAAUACUUCCUGAUUACUAUACCAAGACUAUGGAUGGCCUCAUAGUUGACAUUGAGGUUUUAUCUGAGUUGGUAAAAUCAAAGGUACCUGAUGUUCACCAGCAUGUGAUAAACUUAGGUUUACCCUGGGCAGUUAUAACCACAAAAUGGUUUGUAUGUCUAUUCGCUGAGGUCCUGCCAAUAGAGACAGUAUUAAGGAUUUGGGAUUGUUUGUUUUAUGAGGGCUCUAAAAUUUUAUUUAGAGUGUGCAUUACAUUAAUAAAAACAAACAGAGAUGCAAUCAUGGCAUGCAAUGACUUCACGUCACUGGCGGAAUGCUUUAAAGCUAUUGUGAAGAAUGCCAGUGCUUUACACUGUCAUGAAUUUAUGCAGUCUAUAUUCAAAGUACCUGGAACACUAUCAAACACGACGAUUAUCAAGUUGCGCGCCCGCUUCGCCAAACAACGCCGAGAGCAGCAGCAGAAAGAACCACCGCGGUGAAUCAUUUAAAAAUUAUACAAUUCUGAUCUCACCUUUUAAUGGAUUACCAAUGAUGUUCUACUUAUUCACUACUUAAAGUUCAAUCGUUCGAAAUAUAUCUAUGUUUAAAAUAAGUUGCUAAAAAAUAAAAAUAAAGUUUUAUAGUAUUAGCAAUUUUAAAUAUAAACUAUAUGUCUUGUAUAAAAAUACAUGCAUAAAUUUAAAAAUGGAAUAUUUUAAAAUAAUAAAUCGAAACUACAAAGUGAUUCAUGAACAAAGUAUUUGUAAAUUUUUGUUAUGAACAAUUUUACAUGACAUUAUAAAUAGUUGCAAAAUUUAUAGUUUUGUACAAAAGUUAACUACCUAGUCCUAUUUGUCCAUCCUUGAUUCAAAAUUUAUUCAUGCAAGAUCAUGACUCAUUUACAAAAAAAUGAAAAAAAUUUUUUUUUCUUUAUGCAUUAAUAUUAUAGGUUGCUAUCUCUUAUGAAUCAGGGAAUAACAUCUAUGAUUGCUCUUGUUUAUUAUUCUCUAUAGGUAAUAAAUAGUACAACUAAGAAAAAAUGCUUAUUUUGAAUUAGCGUGAGAUGUUAUUGCAUUAAUUUGUAAUUUAAUGAGUGUAGUGAUAAGUUUAUAAUAAUAAUAAUUUAUUUUUAUAAUUAUUUGAGUGAGAUAAUAUUUUUACAAGUAUUUGUUAUGAAAUUAUUAUUUCUAUCAUAACAAGAAUAGUUUUAGUCAUAAAGUAUUGUAUAAUUUUUUGUAGUCUUUAUUUUUGGUGCAUUGUUCAUCUUUUGAUGAUUUUGUUAUAGCUUUGUGUAAGUAAUUACUUAGGCUGGUUGCAGUGCUUGACCGACCGUCAGUGCGUACCGUCGGUCCUGGCGAUACGCAUCAACAAUUAUUGUAUGACUAUGACACUAAAUGCGCAUGAC